GAAGCUCUCUCUCUCUCUCUCUCUCUCUCUCUAUAUAUAUAUAUAUAUAUAUGUAUAUACACGUACAUACAAUACUUGUCUAUAAAAGGACGUAUUGUCUGUUGAAUUUCAAUUUCAUUUGUCUGAGCAGUGCGUAACUUACUUGGUGUUGGCAAGAUGUGGAGGAUUCAUCCAGCUGGUGAUCAUAAGAGUUUGGAGAAGGUAGAUAAUCCUACAAUUCUUACAGUGUGGAAGAGAUCAAGCAUGAGUUUCCAAGGAACAGAUGGGUUCACAGUCUUCGACACCCAUGGCCGCUUGGUCUUCCGAGUUGAUAACUAUUCCAGAAACACUCGUUGGAUCGGCGCCGGCGAUCUCCUUCUCAUGGAUGGACUCGGCAACGCUUUGCUUACUCUCAAACCCCAGAUGGUGAUGGGGAUACAACAACAGUGGGUUGCGUAUAGUGGAGAAGACGACGGAAGGCAAAGGAUUUUCUCGAUGAGAAGACGGAGAAGAAGAAAGGAGGAAGCUGAGGUUUUGAUGGGAUGCUCAGAUUCCAAAUACCAAAUACCUGAUUUCACAAUUGAGGGUUCAUUUAAGAGGAGAAAUUGCAAUAUCAAGAACUCAUCAGGAAGAAUGGUUGCUAAGAUUGUUCGAAAGAGAGUCAACUCAACAGUUUUACUUGCAGAUGAUGUGUUUACUCUUCUCCUACAACCUGGUUUUGAUGCUUAUCUUAUUAUGGCUUUUGUUAUUGUGUUGGAUCGAAUAUCUUCUCACCCGUUUAGACCACUUUUAUGUUCUUAGUAUAUUCUUGUAUAUA